AUGGAUAUCAACGUUGAAGCUAUGCUGGAAGCCCCCUUCCAAGACAAAUCGGCUGAACAAGGUUCGUCAUCACAUCAUCGUAGCAGCAGCCAAAGUAGCCGUCAUCGAGACGAGAGUCGAAGCAGCAGUAGUCGACGCCAUCAUGAUCGGCACUCUUCUCGUCACUCGUCUCGUCAUCGGUCGCGUUCACCUACUAGGUCACACCAUCAUCGCCAUGGGUCUCCACGACGUCGUUCCCGUUCUAGACACAGUAGUAGAAGAUACCGUAGUCGAUCGCCAUCGUAUCGAAGACGCUCACGAUCGCGUGAUAGAAGUCCCAAAAGACGUAGCAGGAGUGUGGAACGCCGCGAUCGUCAUCGCAGAAGAGCACGAUCUCCUUCACCUCCUGUACCCGAAGAAGAACGUGAUCGACGUACCAUCUUUGUCACACAAUUGGCUGCUCGUUUGACAUCUCGUGAACUAGAGGAUUUUUUCGUUCAAGCAGGUCGUGUACGUGAUGCUCGUAUCAUUUCUGACAGGAACUCGAGACGUUCAAAAGGUGUUGGGUAUGUCGAGUUUUAUGAUGAGGAGUCGGUUCAGAAUGCGUUGGCAAUGUCAGGGCAAAAACUUUUAGGUAUCCCUGUGCUCGUUCAAAUGUCCGAGGCUGAAAAGAACCGUUAUGCUAUGGCGCAGGAACAAAAUCGUGCUGGGCAAGAACUCGUUUUUCAAAGACUUUAUGUGGGUUCUAUUCAUUUCAGUCUCACUGAAGAUGAUCUUCGUCAGAUAUUCGAACCGUUUGGUCCCUUGGAUUUCGUCAAUUUGCACAAAGAUCCUGAAACGGGACGUUCCAAGGGUUAUGCUUUUAUUCAAUACAAGAAUGCUGCAGAUGGCAAGCAAGCAUUGGAGAAGAUGAAUGGGUUUGAUUUGGCUGGUCGUCAGCUCAAGGUUGGUCUUGUCACUGAAAGAGCAGCAGCAGCCAAUUAUGGCAAUUUGGAUGAUGAAGAUUCUGCAGGGUUAUCUCUCAACUCUUUGGCUCGUGCUGAAUUGAUGCAUAAAUUGGCAGCCCGUCAAUCGGAUAUGAUGGAAGAAGAAUAUCGUCAAGCAGAAGAAUCCUCCACAACCCCUACUGCACCUGCUCGACCCAAUAUUCCCAUCAAGGCAUCGCGUACAAUCAUGCUCAACAACAUGUUCAAUCCUGCAGAGGAGACGGAGCCCGAUUGGGUAAAGGAUUUGGAAACGGAUGUCAAGGAGGAAUGUACAAAGUUUGGUCAAGUUGAACAUAUCCAUGUGAACGAAGAUUCAUUGGGCGAAGUGUAUCUCAAGUUUGAAAGUGUGGAAUCAGCCCAAAAUGCAUUGGAGGCCUUGGAUGGACGAUGGUUUGGUGGUAAACAGAUCUCGGCUGUAUUUGUCCCAGAAGCCAUCUACAAUGCCAAAUUCUCCCUUUAG